AUGGCCACCUUAGCGGACUCGUUCCUCGCGGACCUGGAGGAUCUCAGCGAUGACGACGUCGCGGAGGAAGAAGUCAAGGACGAGAGAGAGGAGGGCGGGGUGUCAAACGCGCAGGCGGCGGGGGAUCUCACGAAGGCGGAUUUCUCCCUCGACGCGGUCUCCAAGCUCGUGAACUCGGAGCGGUAUCAGAGAGUGAUGCGCCAGGUGGACGAAGCACUCGCGGCGGACAAAGCCGCGGGCGCGUCCGGCGCGUCUACCCUAGGCGUCGUGGACGACGGCGCGUACCAGCUCAUCGUCGACUCGAACUCGCUGAGCGUGGACAUCGAGAACGAGAUUCAAGUCGUGCACAACUUCAUUCGCGACAAGUACCGGAGAAAGUUCCCCGAGCUUGAAUCGCUCGUGAUGAACCCGAUGGACUACGCGCGCGUCGUCAAAGCGAUCGGGAACGAGAUGGACAUGACGAAAGUCGAGCUCGAGAGCGUCAUACCCUCCGCGACGAUCAUGGUCGUGUCCGUGACCGGGAGCACGACGAACGGUGAGCCACUGUCGAGCGAGGAUCUAGACAGCACGUUCGAGGCGUGCGAUCGCGCGAUGACGCUGGACAACGACAAGCGGAAGCUCGUGGCGCUCGUGGAGAGCAGGAUGGACAAGACCGCGCCGAACCUCAGCGCGGUGCUGGGCCCGGAGGUUGCCGCGCGUCUGCUCGGCGUCGCCGGCGGUUUGACGCAGCUGUCGAAGAUGCCGGCGAACAACGUGCAGGUGUUGGGGCAGAAGAGGAAAACGACCGCGGGAAUGUCCACCGCGACGCAGGUGAAAGCGGGAGAGAUGCACGUCGGGUUCAUUUUCCAGUGCGACAUGAUCCAGAGGAAGACUCCGCCGCCGUUGAGGACGCGCGCGGCGCGUUUAGUCGCGGGGAAGUGCGCGCUCAUGGCGAGGGUGGACGCGUUCGGCGAGGACCCGUCGGGGGCGACCGGACGGAGCAUGCACGACGACAUGGUGAAGAAGAUCGAGAAGUGGCAGGAGCCGCCCCCGGCGCGGACGGCGAAGCCUCUCCCCGUUCCCGGCGGCGAGGCGAAGAAGCGACGAGGGGGGAAGAGGCAACGCGCGAUGAAAGAACGCUUCGGCGCGUCGGACAUGCGAAAAGCCGCGAACAGGGUCGGGUUUAACGUGCAAGAGGAAGAUUUCGGUCUCGAGGGCGAGGGUUUGGGGACGCUAGGGACGUCCGCGGGCAUGGCGGCCGCGAGCGGGAAGCUGCGGAUUCAGGCGAAACCGGGGAAACUCAAGGUGAACGCGAAGGAUAAGUACGCGAAGUUCAACCCGACGUCCACGGGCGGGGGCACGAGCGGGAUGGCGUCGUCGCUCGCGUUCACGCCGAUUCAAGGGAUCGAGCUCGCGAACCCGACGAAGGAGAAGGACGCGACGUCCGGGACGGACUCGGUGUUCUCCGAGCUCAGAGGGUUCAAGAACGUGCAGAGACAGCUGAAGAGUUUGUAA